AUGUCAAACGUCCCCCGCUCCCACACCCCCGCCGGCGGUUCACGCCUCAGCACCGUCCCCUCGCAGAAGCCGCGCCAACUCUCGCACCUACAAGCGCAACUCGCGCAAUUGACGGCGAAUAUGUCGGAUCUGGAAAGCUUGAUGCGUAUGACAGCCGGUCAGGCGCAGGACAUGCGUGGUCUGGGUGGGUAUGCUGGUGCUAUGUUUAUGGCUGCGAGUAAAGUUUUGGGUGAAGAGACGGUCAAGGGGGGAGGGGGUGAUAAGGAAGGCAAAGAGGGCGAUAAGUGA